AUGAGCGAUGCAGCGAUUGACUGGUCGAACUCUGAGCCACCAAAUCGUUACGUUCUUGCUUACGGUACUCAGCAUUGUCUCAUUGAACAAGACUAUGAUCAUACGAUUUAUGGGGAAUGCGAAUAUAUCGCGAGUAGGACCCUUAUCAAAUGCAAAUCAGUCCGUAAAAAAGCUGAUUUAAAAGCGAAUGGCGGAAUUUGUGAAAUGCACACGAGGUUCCAUGAGGCCAUCAGGGACAGAUUUCUGUGUGAAGAGCGUCGCCUUGCGCAAGAUAGUGGGCCGGGCAAGCAGAAGUACGCUCCUUUUAUCAACCAGGACGGCUUCAUAUGCGACGAAUUUCCUUGGUUGAUGCCAAGCCACCGAUGGGAAUCUCCUUUACCUCGCACUAUAUACGACUACGCUCCAGACGAUGAUCCCGUGGCGCCUCUGAGGCACGCAGGAGUAUAUACCGAUCGAGAUAUUCUAAAAAUGCGGAGAGCAUUAACAGAAAAAAAGAUAAAAUAUCUCCAACUUCAUGGUGAAAUGAUGAUGGAGAGAGCUCGUAGGAGAGCCAACGAGUUGCUCACCAAGAAUAGAAAAGAGAUCACUCUCGGAGAAAAUAACGCAGCCGUCGUUGCAGCAUGCGCCAGCAUAGACGAUUACGGAUGUAUUCUCAGAAGAAUGACAUCAUCGCAGAAGUACAGAAGCGGAGAAUGGAAAAAAGUUGAACCUCCUCGCUGCUCGUUCGGAACUACGUCGAAAAACAGCUUAUCGAAGGAAGAUCGGGAUUCGAUCUCAUGUGUGCUCAACGCGAUUCUUGAUUGCGUGGGUGAGGAUAAAGUGGAUUUCGCCAGUUAUAUGAAGGCUCAUGAUGCUAGAGCGCCCGACAUUAUUGAAAUCAAUAAGGACGAAGUGAAGCAGUGUACUGCUCCUGCGAUUCCGCACAGCGAAUACUGCAUUUCACAUCAGAUGCUGGAUGAACGCCAAAUCAUGUUUGUCCCGUGUAGCGUAUGCCAUUCCAUGUGCAGUGGUUUAUCCUCACCCCCAAUGUGCGGAAAGCAUCUGGUUGAGUUUGCCAAAAACAAGCGUGCUGCUGCAAAAGACACACGAGUGCCUGUUUCAUCAUUAAUCAAUCUUUCAUCAGGAGUCCCACCACUUUCCCCACUUUCGAAGCUCAAAUCAGUGAACGAUCCCUCAAAGCCAUUGUUUGGACUCCCUUCAAAUUCAGUUCCUUCUCCUUUCGUAGCAGGUUCUUCACGCGUGUCUAUUGAUAGUUUUACAAAAGAGGAUAGCGAUUCGGUCCUUAAAAGAUUCAGAAGCGAGGUGCCUCCACAAAUGACUGUAGGAGAAGCACUCACCCAAUCUUCAGCUGUGACUGAUGCAAUUCGGCGUGCUGAGAUGCGCCGAAGUAGGGAGGACGAAGUUUGCAGCUGUGCCAGGAUUCGGCCCUUCAACCGGUCCAACUUCCCUCCAAAAACUUCGGUACCUCGGCGUGUCACUGCUGUAGUUCGUCCUCCGAUUCCAGUGCGUCGACAAAGUAUCGUUGAAGGGAAUCCGAUGCGGUCACAGUCUCCACAAGUUCCUCAAUCAGAUUCUGGUAAUCGCCUCGCUGGAGGUUCUGACCAAGUUGCACCGCGGCAACUGCCUGUACCAUUGCCAAGAAGGUUCCAACAACCUCAUCGUUUCGUGCCGAGGGAUUCAAGAUUAGCUUCUUCUCAGUCUUUUAUCUCCACAAGGCCACAGUACUCAAGUUCCUCACCCUCGACGAGCACUGUCGUUCUAGAUGAAGCCGGAAAUAAAGUGCUGAUGGAGGAUCGCCGUAGUCCCCCACGCAAUCAACAAGCCUACGAUAGUGGAGCUAACCGUGUCGUCAUACCCACCCAAACCCGCCCCUAUAUAUCUUCCUACAGGAGACACCCUCAAACGGUCAUACGGCAACAACCCAGCGUUCAAUAUGUUCGCGACGGGACCUCUCAUCAGGAAGUACCGAGGACUCAUUCUACUUUGCCUCCUCCACCUGAUCCACCUUUGCUACCAUUUUCUCAUGGCUAUGUACGUCCUAUACCCCUAGAAAGAAGACCACCCAAUACUGAAGAGAACGAUAGGAAAGCUGGAAGUCGUGUCGAACCCAGUUCAUCGGGUGCUCCCUCGCAAAGGGAAGCAGAUGUGCUCUCAGCAAGAGAUGUUCAGCCUGUUGCUGAGUCAACCGAAAAGAGCGAACGGCUUCUCGAUCCACCUCCUCCCCCACCUAUUCUACGGCCUCGGUUUCCCACGAUCCUUCGUAAAGUCGACGGUGUUUCGAUUCCAGCAGCUCCUACUCCAGCUCAGCACCCACCUGCUCCCAGUGUGGUUCAGCGACCCCCUCCGCCAGGUCCGCUGCCAAGGCCUCCGCCUGCUUCUCGUCCUAUGCCACCGCACCGUUUGCUGAGUGCGGCAGCUCGACCUGUUCCACCUCAUCGUCUGAUUAAGUCGCUACCGCUUCCUGUGGUACCAGCACCUAGAGCUCCGAAACUUGACUUGAAAACUGAAUCGGCGAAUGCUCCCGAACACUCGAAGGCCCCUGACAAUUUGCAGGACACAGUUCCAGCUGAGCGUCCUACUACAUCUACUGAUGCUCCGAGCGCUCCUACAAAGCCAUUCGUUGACAAAGCCAAUGGACUGUCAUCUGCGGAUUUGGAUCCACUACGCAUCCUAGCCGAUGUAUCAGAAGCGGCAAGAGACAGUGUAGCGUCGAGUAGUGGAUCAAAGCCGGCUGCAGCUGCAUCGACUUCCACUCAGCAGCCAAGUGCACCUCAGCCGCCAACGAAUAUGGCAAGCAAUGGCGAUGACGACGACGAUUUUGAAGAAGAAUUGUAG